GGUUCUAGCAGCCCCCGAUGGGGUGAUUAUUCACAUCUCCCUAUAAAGCGCCGACGCACCCGGCCUUGCUAACCAGUCGCCUUUCCUCGAUCCAGACCCUUUUGCUAAAAAUAACAAGGCAGGGGCACCUCCGAUUCGACGUGGGCUUCCUCUUCCUUGCUCGCAGAUGGCUGAUGUUGAGGAGUACCGUUGCUUCAUUGGGAACCUGUCCUGGUCCACAACUGAUGAUAGCCUCAAGGAUGCAUUCGGCAAAUUUGGCAACCUCACUGAGGCAAAGGUGGUUCAUGACAAAUUUUCUGGCCGAUCUCGCGGUUUCGGCUUUGUAACUUUUGAUGAGAAGAAAGCUAUGGAGGAUGCUAUUGAAGGGAUGAAUGGACUUGACUUGGAUGGGAGGAACAUCACUGUUGAUAAAGCUCAGCCACAAGGUCCUGGUAGAGACCGUAAUGGUGACCGUGAUUAUGAUCGUGAGCGUGGGUCUCGUUAUGACCGCGGCCGUGACUACGGUGGUGGUGGAGGUGGACGUGCACCGCGUGGUGGUGGCGGCGGCGGCGGCGGCGGCGGCGGUGGGGACUGCUUCAAGUGUGGAAAACCUGGCCAUUUUGCUAGGGAGUGCCCAUCUGGGGAUGGCGGGAGAGGGGACAGAUAUGGUGGCAGAGAUGACAAGUAUGGUGGUGGCAGCGGCGGCAGCCGUUAUGGAUCUGACCGUGGUGGUGACCGAUACUCUAGCCGUAGCCGAGAUGGUGGCAGCUAUGGGGGCGACCGCUACAACCGUGACCGAUCUGGUCCCUACUGAUGGCCUAGAUCUUGAGCAGUAUGUGCCAUCCAGGUAUGAAAGUCUAUCUGCUAUUAUAAGGUUUGUUAUCGUGUGUCUGGAACUAUGUGAUCCUGUAGUUGGAGAAUUAUAAUGUACGGUGAGAAAUCAGUUGCUUUGUUAUGGACCAUGUUACUGACCGGUUUAUUAUCAUUUCCUGCUUGCCAGGCAUAUGACUUGGUCAUAGUGCUUGGCGCUUGGAUCCUGCAUGUUUGCUUGAUAUGCUAUUUGGCUGGAAUCUAGCUUGUUAAGAGAUGGAUUUUGUCACUGUGUUGAUGAUCUUGAUCCUAGUUAUGCUCAUGGGGAUUAACAUAAAUGCCUGGGAUAUGGGGGACUGGAUGGCAAGUUAGACGCGUCUGUGUUCUUUUCGGGGAAUCAAGGGAUCGACUAUAUUCUGCUUGAACAAACCUACAAGAAAAACAACCACCUAUGAAAGCAAGCGAUGAAUUAUCCGUAAGGGAAAAAUUAACUGGUAAAUCAUUUCAAUCAUUUAUCUUCAAUAUUGUGUUACAACGUCAUUCUCAAAUGACUCUUGUUUUGGCAGGCAUCUUUUUGGUUAUUUGUUCUCUUGUUCUGGAUUGGUUGCUACCGUCGUUCUGGACGGGUUACUAGUGUCCUAAGAUCAUUUCAGUUGUCCCAUUUAGUCUGGCAAGUGGCUCCAUGAAUGCAAAGAGUUCUUUGGUUCCAUUGUAUUUGACAUUAGCAUUGGAGGACCAAUGCAAGCAAAGAGACUGCUCUUUGGUUAGCACUGGAGGACCACUGCAGCGUAGCUUCCUGUUUCUGCCUCUCCCUCUUCGGUUGGCUUACCUGGUUAUGGUUCCUUGGACGUGCCUGGGGUCCUCUUCGGUGGUUAUGGUCCUUUGACGUGCGGGUGGCUGCCUAUGGGUGCUCCAUUAGCUGUUCCGUUCCCUGUGACUUGUGAGAUCAGAGAUCAUGAUCGUUCCCUCUGACUUGUGAGAUCAGAGACCGUGCUCUCUUUUGACUCUGCACAGCUGGUCUAUAGCUGCUUCUGCCCUGUUAUGAACAACCACUGCCCUUGAGAGGACUUCCGAUUUUCUGCUUCAUCCACAAAAUUAUAAUUGCUGGAUAAUCAACUCAUGGGAUACAUCAGCCUUGAUUUGCCCCUUUUGAGAGGAGUUUUGCUUAUUAUGUUAUCAGCAGCGUUUCAAUUAUUGCAUCGUCGCAUGGGAUACAUUUGCCUGGAGUAAGCUUAGUAUUUUUUAAGAUUCCCUAUCGGAAUGCUCGUCUUGCUGUUGGUUAUUAGCCAAUUGAGUUUCUGUAAGUCUAGUACGUACAAUAGCUGCAGCAUUUCACCCAUUUUGAGCAUAUCGGGUUGAUUUGUACUAUGUAUACGUUGUGUAUGCAGCAGAUCCAGCUUCUUUUUUUUC